AUGAUCGGGGGUGACGAGGUCCCCAGGGGUCGAAAGCUCCGCUGUUUAGACUCGAACGCCUUGGAUCAGUCGUCGUCGCCGCCACGGCGCGUCCUUUUCGUAGGAAUCGGAGUAACAGGACCCUUUCCUCCGCGCGAACAGAGGAAGACCUAG